GGUUUUGGUUCUGCUUUUCAUCAAUUCGCAAGAAUUGAGGUUAAUCGGGGAGGAGUGUCGGGAUACAACCAGGGGUUGUUGUCUUCUUUUUCUCUUUUUGCUCUUCAUGGAAAAUACAAGGGAGGACAUGUAUAAUGACGGAUUGGAAGCCAUCUGUGCGAUCAUUCUAUUUCCUUUUGUUACUUCAUUCCAGUUCACUCACGAUGACCGGCUUGCAUUGCUGCACAUGUCAUGGCGCUUUGGGGGAUUCUGCAUGGGUUGUUUGUUUGUCACUGCCCUGAUCUUCCUGUGGAUAUAGCAUGCGAGACAGGAGUUACCUUUUGAAUUGACCAACAUUUUGGAU